UAACACGAUGUACUGAACGAGGUGAGAAUAGUUUGAGCUACCUCAUCCCUUUGUGUGUAUUUUACCUCAAAUAAACUUAUUUCAAUUUCAAUUUCGAUACUUGGGUCACAUUCCAAUAUGGUUCAAAGAGUGCGCGGGAACCCCUUGAAGACGCGGCCCAGUUCCCCGUGACCAGUGCUCUACUGCCUCACGCGGCCCUCACACACAUUACUAUAAUAAAAGGGUAAAAUCCAUUUACAUUUCAUACAAGAAUGCAGUUCAUUACUGAAGGGAACUCAGAUGAAUUUGUAGCAGUGCUGAAGUUGUAUCCUGAUGCCCUCAAGAUCAAAGCAUCACAAAAGAAAAAGAAACAAGGAGAAAGCCUUGAGCAGCUGGAUAAAUGGGUCCAGGAAGAACUAGGUCAGAAGGCACUAUCACGAAAGCCUCCACAUAUAACACUUGAUGAACUGGUGCGUCUCAUGGACUGGAAGCUCUCUAGAGGGAAGUUUCGUCCACGCUUACUGGAAUUGGCUGGAUCCAACAGUGAAGAAAGUGUUAAAAGUGCAUCUCAAAAAGGGAUUCAAUAUGCUACAAAAAACAAAGUAACAGAUGCAAUUGAAUCCUUAGUUAUCCUGAAGGGUGUAGGUCCUGCAACAGCAUCAGGAAUAUUGGCUGCAUGUGUCCCAGAGAUGUGCUGCUUCUUUGCAGAUGAAGUAGCACAUACCCUUCCCAGUCUAGCCUCACUCAAGUAUAAUGCUGCUGAGUACGAACUGCUGAAUUCUGAAAUGACCAACUGUGCAAAACGGCUAAAUUGUGAUGCUCAGAAAGGAGAUAAGGAAGAAAAUGGCAGUGAGAAGUGGACACCACACAAAGUUGAACUUACAGUCUGGACACACAGCAUUCUUCACCAAAAUAAAUCUGAUUUACUGUCAAGCAUAACUGGGAAAAGGAAUUCCAGUGAAGAGGAAGGACAAACAUUAAGAAAAUUUAGGAAGCAUAACAAAUGACGUUAAGCGAUACACGAGUGUUGAAAGUACUGUAUCUGGGCCUUUUUUUUUUCAGGGAUAUUCCUGCAUGGGCUUUAAGCCUCUGGCUGACCCAUUAUUUCUUGUUUCUGUCUUACUUAUGUGGAGUAUUUAUGACUUGUAUGUUUGUUUCAGUAAGAUUAUGCCCAUUGUGUUUAACAACUUCUGCUCUGUUGAAAUCUUGUGAUUUGUAACUCUGCACUGUAUUAGUAAUGUUUCAGGGGCUUGUCAGACAUUUCUCCAGUGCUGACAUUGAGCAUUGGUGUCUAAGCCAAAUAGGGCCUAGACCUGUACACUAUAUGCUGUAAUUUAAAUUUUAAUUAUCUACCCACAUUUCAAGUGCACAUCUGAACUGAUAUUAACCUUAAAUGAAAGUAAUGCUUUAUUAGAAAUACC